AGAUGGUCUUAAUAUAUCUGUAGCAUUUCAUAAAAUGGCCAAAUAUUUUGUCCUUGUCGCUCUCGUACUGGUGGCCCUUGGUGUGACGGAAAUAUCAUCCAAUGAAACGAUGAAAAACAUAACUGCAAGUUUUGUAAAAGUCUUAGACGAUUGCAAGAAAGAGCUGAACUUAGGGGACAACGUCCUGGCUGACCUGUAUUACUUCUGGAAGCAAGAUCGAGCCCUCGCUCACAGAGACACAGGGUGCGCGAUAGUAUGUAUGAGUAAGAAAUUAAACCUGUUGGAUACUACUGGGAAACUUCAUCAUGGGAAUGCCCAAGAGUUUGCCGUGAGACAUGGAGCUGGUGACGAUAUGGCGUCCAAGCUCGUUACAACAGUCCACGAAUGUGAACAGCGACACGAGGUGGAAGAGGAUCCGUGUGUCAGAGCUCUGGAAGUCGCAAAGUGUUUCAAGGACGCCAUGCACGAGAUCGAUUGGGCCCCGAAAAUAGACGUCAUCAUAACCGAAGUACUAACCGAGAUAUAAUAGAUUCAAAUUAUUUCAAAUUACAUGACAAUUACAACUUAGGUAUUUACUAAAUAUAUUUAAAUGAAAAAUAAUAACCUUUUCGAAUACA